AUGGCAAUCAACAAUAGCCAUGAAUUAAGGGAAAACCCAUCAUUGUAUGGGGGUUCUGCCGUGGCUUGGAGGUGGACUAGCGUGAAGAUUGAUGAUUCCUACUUGGGCCUAGGCUUUGGAGAGAAGGUUGUUGUCUAUGAUGGGACUUGUUUGGAAAACUGGACUGGUGAGACCUUGCCUAACACACUAACCCAGCUUGUUGUGAUGGAGUUGGCACUAACUGUCGCAAUAACAGUUCAGAUGUUGCACCCCUGGCCUUUGUCCCCAAACUCCCCCUCCUCUUUAAAUAAAGGAGAGAAGGCCUUCUCCACUCAUCCCUCCUGUCUCAUUCUUCUCACUUUUUCAUAG